GCGCAGGUCACGUGCGCCGGUGGUCAGCGCGCGCAUUGCCUGCCCCGGAAGUGGUCGGCGCGCGGCGCGGGGCGCCUGGGCACUAAGAUGGCGGCGGCGUGAGUUGCAUGUUGUGUGAGGAUCCUGGGGCCGCCGCGUCGCUCGGGCCCCGCCAUGGCUGUCACCAUCACGCUCAAAACGCUGCAGCAGCAGACCUUCAAGAUCCGCAUGGAGCCUGACGAGACGGUGAAGGUGCUAAAGGAGAAGAUAGAAGCUGAGAAGGGUCGUGAUGCCUUCCCCGUGGCUGGACAGAAACUCAUCUAUGCCGGCAAGAUCUUGAGUGACGAUGUCCCUAUCAGGGACUAUCGCAUCGAUGAGAAGAACUUUGUGGUCGUCAUGGUGACUAAGACCAAAGCCGGCCAGGGUACCUCAGCACCCCCAGAGGCCUCACCCACAGCUGCCCCAGAGUCCUCUACAUCCUUCCCGCCUGCCCCCACCUCAGGCAUGUCCCAUCCCCCACCUGCCGCCAGAGAGGACAAGAGCCCAUCGGAGGAAUCUGCCCCCACGACGUCCCCAGAGUCUGUGUCAGGCUCUGUUCCCUCUUCAGGUAGCAGCGGGCGAGAGGAAGACGCGGCCUCCACGCUAGUGACGGGUUCUGAGUAUGAGACGAUGCUGACGGAGAUCAUGUCCAUGGGCUAUGAGCGGGAGCGGGUCGUGGCCGCCCUGAGAGCCAGCUACAACAACCCCCACCGAGCCGUGGAGUAUCUGCUUACGGGAAUUCCUGCGAGCCCCGAGCCGGAACACGGUUCUGUCCAGGAGAGCCAGGUAUCCGAGCAGCCGGCCACGGAAGCAGCAGGAGAGAACCCCCUGGAGUUCCUGCGGGACCAGCCCCAGUUCCAGAACAUGCGGCAGGUGAUUCAGCAGAACCCUGCGCUGCUGCCCGCCCUGCUCCAGCAGCUGGGCCAGGAGAACCCUCAGCUUUUACAGCAAAUCAGCAGGCACCAGGAGCAGUUCAUCCAGAUGCUGAACGAGCCCCCUGGGGAGCUGGCGGACAUCUCAGAUGUGGAGGGGGAGGUGGGCGCCAUAGGAGAGGAGGCCCCGCAGAUGAACUACAUCCAGGUGACGCCGCAGGAGAAAGAAGCUAUAGAGAGGUUGAAGGCCCUGGGCUUCCCAGAGAGCCUGGUCAUCCAGGCCUAUUUCGCGUGUGAAAAAAAUGAGAACUUGGCUGCCAACUUCCUCCUGAGUCAGAACUUUGAUGACGAGUGAUGCCAGGAGGCCAGGCCACCUAAGCCCCCACCCUACCCUUAUUCCAUGAAAGUUUUAUAAAAGAAAAAAUAUAUAUAUAUUCAUGUUUAUUUAAGAAAUGGAAAAAAAAAAUCAAAAACCUUAAAAAAAAAAAAACAAGCAAACAGUCCAGCUUCCUGUCCUCCUAAAGUGGCCCCUGUUCCCAUCUCAGUCUGAGAAGACCCAGGCCAGACAGCUGUCCCCCCCGUCCUCCUCCCCAGCCCAGCCUGCUCAGAGAAGCUGGCAGGACUGGGAGGCAACAGAUGGACCCCUUUUGGCCUCUGUCCCAGCUCUGCAGCCAGAUGGAAAGGCGGCUGCUUGCCUCUCCAUCCUCCGAAGAACCCCUGAGGACCCCCCCAACCCCUUCCUCUUCUAGGAUGAGGGGAAGCUGGAGCCCCAAACUUUGAUCCUUCAUUGGAGUGGCCCAAAUCUUUCCAUCUAGGGCAAGUCCUGAAAGGCCCAAGGCCCCCUCCCCAGUCUGGCCUUGGCCUCCAGCCUGGAGAAGGGUUAACAUCAGCUCAUUGUCAAGGCCACCCCCACCCCAGAACAGAACCGCGUCUCUGAUAAAGGUUUUGAAGUGAAUAAAGUUUUAAAAACCA